AUGAAAUAACUACUUACAUAUAUUAGACUUUCAGAUUUUCUAUUUUAUUCAUUGCUCUAAAUUUGUAAUGAUUUAUUUAGAAUAAUAUUUUCAUAUUAAUUAAAGAAUGGUGAUAGAUAUAUGUAGUAAGAUUAAAAAAAAAAUAUUUAAAAUAAAUCUAAGAAAUUGAAUCGCUAACAUAAGUAGAAGCAAUCAAUAUUUGGCUUAAUUGGGUAGAAUUCGAACUAUAAAUGA